AUGGCAGACAUGCUUGCCAAAAGAGGAGCUGGCGUUCUUCAAAAGCCCAAAACUGAAGCAAGCCUCCAUUCCAUUAAACUGCUGACAUCACUCCUAUAUCAAAAGACUUUUAGAAAUUUUAAUACUCGGGCUUGCGAUGGCAAGCCUUGGAGUGUUCUUUUAACAAACUCAGCUUUUAUUCCUGACCACCCGCGAUCAGUUGCGGUUGCUGCUUUUAGACUAUUAACGGGUUAUGACUGUCUACAGAAUCAUUUAUUUCGCAUUGGACUAGCCGAUUCAUCUUUGUGUGUUAUAUGUGAUAGUGGACGGCCAUUGACGGCAGAACAUUUGGACGAGUGUGAAGCUCUGACAGAUUUUUCUUGUAUAUUUCAACGCUAUUGGCAAGCAAGAAGUUUAAUGGCCUAA